UUACAUGAGCAAUUUUGGCAAACAAAGAGAAUUUGUUUGAGGCUUGCCUGACUUUCAGGAUGCUAAUCUUUUGGCACAAUCCUCACACCAAUUAAUCUGGUUAAUAUGGAUGUAAAUUGGAAAAUGUCUUAAUGGGUGGCAUGAGAAUCCUCACCAAACAGCCUAAUCUCCAAAAGUAAAUCACUGCUUCCUGGAACAGCCACACCACCAACACAGGGCCACAAAGGUGCCCGGGGAGUGUUUGGGAAGAUCUCACGGCCAGUCUGGAACAGCUCCCUGAGCUGGAUCUCCUCAUCCGGAUGUCUGGAUGUACCCAGUGAAAGGAAAAUCCUCACUAAAUCACUUCCUUGGCAUCCAUCUGGAAGCUCAGGGAGAGGGAUCAGGUUGCACAGAAUCCAUUGGGUAUAAAUUGUGCAGCUGUGCUGGGCUAGACCAGACCACCCCCAGCAACCAUGGACCUUCACGUGCGUCUCACCUGGCUGCUUCUGCUGAGCACCACUCUCCUGGCUGAACCAGCAAGUGGAGCCUGGUGGAACCAGCCAGAAAGAGACCUAAAAUCAGUAUGGGACAAAUUUGCCGAGUGGAUUAAAGAAAAAUUGGACAAAAAAGAUACAAUCCCCUCCACUGUUGCACCGACAGUGGCUCCAGAUGUGUCUUCUGCACCCACUACUGUCACAGAGGAAACGACCACAUCAGCUCCUGAAAUCCCAGCCACAGCUGAUGAAGCCUCCCACCCUUCCACCACCACCACAGAGCAGAGCAGGACAUCAGAAAUCCCGAUUACACCGCAGACAGCCUCUGCAAAUGCUUCAGAACCAAACGCCUUACCUGCUGAACUGGUAGCAGAGGAGACAACCUCGGCUGCAGAAAUCCUUUCCACACUGGCUGAAGCAACAGUCUCUCCUACUGCUGAACCUGUAGAUGUAAUCACAUCAACAGCAUCUUCUUCUGCUGAACCUGCAGAUGUAAACACACCAACAGUCUCUCCUAGUACUGCACCAGCAGACACUACCCCUGAAGCAACAUCCACUGGUGCACCAGCAGACAAUGCCACCUCCCCUGCAGAAGACACAACAUCUGGAGCAGCAGUCACAACUGAGCUCACCACAGCUGAAAACCCAGUGACAAGCUCACCCGCUGCAUCAGUCCCUCCAACUCCUGAAACAACUGACAAUGCCACUGCCAAUCCACAGACAAACGCAACAACUACAGGCUCAGCAGAGCUCAUUCCCCUGCCUGACUAUGUGAGGCAGCUGUUGCUGCAAUACCUAAAUCGCGUGUGCCAGCCAAGGAGACCUGGGAUGCCAGAAAUAACAUUGGAAGGGUGUGUAUAUGACCCAGCCUGUGGGAAUCAGCCUUCAUCAAGCCAGAGGUUCAUCCAGCUCCGUUACAGAGCUCCUGUAACCUCCAGAGUUUGCCUACGGUGUAGAGUAUCAGGGUGCAUUGUCCCCCCCCCUCCUCCUCCUCCUCCCAGACCCUUCCCAGGGAACAGGCCCUUCCCUCCCAGACCCUUCCCAGGGAACAGGCCCUUCCCUCCCAGACCCUUCCCAGGGAACAGGCCCUUCCCUCCCAGACCCUUCCCAGGGAACAGGAGAAGAGCCAGGAGAAGUGCUGAUGGUGUCGUUAUUGUCAUUGUCCCCCAGUAAGGAUGCUUCUGAUUAGAUGCUUCUGAUUCUGUUGAGCACCUCUAGACCUGUUGAUUGUGUUCCAAGAUCUGCUGCUUAUUUCUAAAAAUACACUAGUGGGUGUAAAUCUAAAGGUGUUUAAUCUUAGAUACACUUGGGUUGCUCAAUUUCAGAUUUUUCGGAUCUGUAAAAGCCUGAACUUCAGUAAAUACUCAGUGACAAAAAAUAA